AUGUCAUACUACAAACCAUUUUAUCAAAGUGCUUAUGAUCGCACAGCUCCAGUUUAUCCACCAAGUUAAUAUACUCCUGCUUAUUAUGGUCCUUACGAUCGCCCACACUCAUAUUAAUCAAGAGCUCCAAUGAGAGGUGAAUAAUGGUCAGAAUAUAUUCCUGUGGAGUAGAGAUACACAGAUUAUGUACCAGAGACAAAGAUUGAAUAUAGACCUGUAGAGAAAUAAUACACAGAUUAUAUUGAAGGUUUAAAACANACAAUUUAAGAUGAUUAAAUAAUUUCAAAAAGUUUUUCAUUACUAUAAGGAAUUAGUAAUUAAAUCAUUUACUUUUAAUAUUAAAUUCAUCUUUUGGAAAUUGAAUAUAAUUUAAACAAAAGUGAUAAUUAUAAGGUAUUAAAUAAUAAUUAAUCUAGUAAAUUUAAUUAAAAUUAAUAAUCUAAUCUUCCAGUCUAUUUGGAUAUUUAUAUUUGGCUUUUUUAGAUUUUAGCUAACUACAAUUAGAAUUAAUAUCACAAUUAGGAAUAAUUAGAUAUUCAUAAGGUAUUGCUCCUUCAAGAAUAAUAACUCUUACAACAGACAUUUUGAUCUUCAUAAAAAACAAUAAUUAUCCAGUGAUGGAUUUAAUUAUAUAUAAUAUAUCAAGAAUUCAAGAAUUUAAUUUUCUUGAUUAGAUUUAUCAAAUGUCAUCUGAGAAAUUCUAAUUAUCUAUAUACAAUUAAUCUAUAGCAUUUUUAACUUUGCCUUCACAAUAAAAGCAUUAAGUUUUAAAGUUUUCAUCUUAUGAAUUAAAUUUAACUACUAUAGAUUCUUAUAGUAAUAUAACUCUAAAUUUUGAAAAUAUGAUAUCAAAUUUAGAUCUUGGAGUAGAAUUUUCAAAAUAAUCUUAAGGUUUUUAAAUAAAAUGUGUUAUGUUAUUAAUAUUUAUAAAUACAAUCUUACUUUUCAUUUGGUUAUUAUUAUUUUAAAAAAUGAAAGUCAUGAAAAAGAGGAUAAGUAAAAGUAAUUUUAGAGGUUAAGUUGAAAUAGAAAUAUGA